CCUCGCUCUUCACACAUCGGUCAUAUCGCCAGCUUCCACCGUCAUGGAGGUCUAUCCCGGGAUCCACCAAUUCAUGUGCAAAGGCUGCCGGAAUGUACAAUUACACUAUCAAUGUGUCUUUUGGAGCCCCGGCGACCACGCCUGGAAUUGCCAGGAUUGUCUCCCGUUACGGGAGAUGUUGAACCAGACAAAGCUGGAAUUUUGUCCUGGGUGUGUGAGGAAGCAGAAGGCCCCCGAGAAGGCGACUGAACCAAUUGCGAACGUUGAGUUCUCGUCUACGAAGCAGUUCUUUCCGGCGGAUAUCGUGAGGAUGGGUUGUAGCAGCUGUCGAAAGAGGAAGAUCUCUUGCAGUCGUUUGUACACUGCCGCUUCGAAAUGCGAAGGUUGUUUGGAAGAGGAUCUCGAAUGCGAUUGUAAAGUCAUGCGAAGGACGUGCCAGUAUUGUAAGGAUAGGAUGAUAAGGUGUACUGGCAACGAAGACACCUGUACCAACUGUAUGAGGUUUCAGCAAGAAUGCAAGCCCGUCAAACGAGAGAAGGUUACGAAGCCAGUCAGGAAAGAUGCCCAGUCUGCUCCGGCUCGAGAUCAUCUGGAUGUGAUCGAUGGGAUGAAGGCCGAUUUGUCUUUUGACAAUUGUCUCAGCUGUGAGAAGGAUUCGAUGUUGAGAUGCGAUAGAAAUCUGGAUGGUUGUGUCCACUGCAAGAUCAAGAAGCAGCCUUGCGAAUAUCCAUCACCACUUGCCAGUACCUUGUCUGAUAGAUCAUCCAAAUUCUGCACGAGCUGCUAUGGACGAAAAUCUAAACGCUCUGAAGAUCCGCUCUGUGACCGAUGCAAGAGCAUCGAAUGGAACAAGUCGAAAGUCAUCGAGCCAUGUCAUGCGUGUCGGCUCAUGAGUACUCAGUGUGAUGACGCCAAGACAUGCGCUCAAUGCCAAAAGCUGGACUUCAAAUGUAAACGCGGGCCAACAGGUGGAAAUUCCUCUUCACAAUAUCCCACAUCAUGCGACCCUACUGACUCAACAAUACCUCCAUAUACUGUCGGCUGGUCUUCUUCAAAUCAAUAUACUUACGAUGCUGCCUCUAGAACCUAUACUGCAGCUUCCGAAUGGACACCGGACAAUCACGCCGCGGAACGCAAUCAAGAUGCCACCGUGAAGCUAUUUGCCGACUUAUACUCCAGAACCUCACACCCGCCUCGAAAUCCCAGCAAACGCAUUGAGAAGGGCAAUCACGUCGAUUGUACCGAUCGCAAGUGUCCAUGCCAAUCACAAGAUAUGAUUUAUAAAAAGGCAAACGGAGAAUUCUACAGUCGACCGCUACCAGACAUUAUCCGACUCCCCGGCCGACGAAGAACCAGCUACAUCUGCAAAGUCGGAAACAUCGACUGCUCCGCCAAAUCACCAUGCCAAGAAUGCACGGUACCAGCCAUCGACCCCACACGCGAGACUCCAGGCCGUUGGCGAGCCGUCAGAGAGGGCCCGGCUUGUGAUCCGUGUCGGAAUUAUAAACAUCGGAGUGAUGGCAAGGCGCCGAGUUUUGCUUCGUGUGAGAGGUUGGGGAGGAAGUGUUCUUAUAGUAGUGAUAAGUUUGAGAAGGGGGUUUUGUUGAAAGAGUAUCUUGAGGAUAGUACUAGGAGGGAGGAAACUGUGGUAGCGGAUCGACCUGUAGCUCAAACUGUGGAGAAACAGGAUGUGGCGUCGAAAGACAAAGAGAUGAAAGACGUUACGACUGAUACGGAGGACUUGGAUGUGGAGGAUUGGUGCAUGGUGACUUCUGAAGAUGUCGAUGGUGUUGUGGAAGAGGAGCCGAGUGCGAAUACCAAGGGGAUGGGGAGGUCUUACAGAUUUUGGUAGGACAAGACGAGAUGAACGAUGAUACGACUUAUGGGGUUUCUCAGUCGGUUGGUCUUACUGCAAGUUGGCGUCUGCUGGAAUAUUUGCGUUUCUUGAAUUAUCCUCGAUUGUUGGGACAUUGUCAUGUAAAAUCUGGCGCUAGGUUUCCAAUGUGUGUGCGAAAGUUCGGCAGGCUAUCAUUAUUAUGAUUGUACCAGUUUCUUCUUCCAAAAACAAAUAGUUAUGUCACAGCAGAAUUACAACGUCCUCUUAUCACCCAAAA